ACCGUUCUUCUCUCUCUCUCUCUCUCUCUCUCUUUCGCUGCAGAAUUUUUUCGUCCCAAGCCAUGACGCCUUUGUCUCUGCUUCCCUUCACAAAGCGUUUUUUCACCUGUCUUUCUCUGUUGUCUUUGGUUUUCUCACAUGGGUAUGCUUGGAAUGCACCGUUUCACCCACUCGACGUUCUUCCUCUGUUACCCAGACAGAUUUCAUGGCCGGUUCUCAACUCUCUCCGAAGUGCAGUUGAUCUGCUUCCUACCUUCGUUGGUGCUGCCUCGUCGCCUAACGAUACCUUGAACUGGAAGGGCGCUUGUUUUUAUAAGAACAGGGCUUGGUUGGAAUUCCACAACAAAAGCGGCAGUGAAUUUGGUGGGGGGACAAUUCAUAUCAAGAAUAGCCAUGCUCACAGUUGGACAUGCAUGGAUCUCUACAUCUUUGUUACUCCAUAUCGUGUUACAUGGGACUAUUACUUCCUUUCUCGGGAGCAUACACUUGAGUUCAAAGAAUGGGAGGGAAAAGCUGAGUUUGAAUAUGUAAAACAUAAUGGGGUCUCUAUAUUCCUUAUGGAAUCAGGAAUGCUGGGAACCCUUCAAGCUCUGUGGGAUGUCUUUCCAUUAUUUUCAAAUACUGGAUGGGGUGAGAGUUCAAACUUGGCAUUUCUCAAGAAGCAUAUGGGAUCUGUUUUUGAAGAGCGUCCUCAGCCUUGGGUUACAAAUAUAAGUGUUGAUGAUAUUCACUCUGGAGAUUUCCUAGCAAUAUCAAAAAUUCGGGGGCGGUGGGGUGGCUUUGAGACAUUAGAGAAGUGGGUUUCUGGAUCGUAUGCUGGUCAUUCUGCUGUUUGCUUGAAGGAUUCUGAAGGUAAACUUUGGGUAGGAGAAUCUGGGCACGAAAAUGAAGAGGGGGAAGAUGUUAUUGUUGUGAUGCCAUGGGAUGAAUGGUGGGAAUUUGAACUGACCAAAGAUGAUUCCAAUCCACAGAUUGCGUUGCUUCCCUUACAUCCUGACAUCCAAGCAAAGUUCAAUGAGUCAGCUGCUUGGGAAUAUGCAAAAAGCAUGGAAGGGAAACCAUAUGGGUUUCAUAACAUGAUAUUUAGCUGGAUAGACACCAUAGAUGGAAAUUAUCCACCACCCUUGGAUGCCCAUUUGGUUGCUUCUGGUAUGACAGUAUGGCAUCAGAUGCAACCAGCAUACGCUGCUAACUUGUGGAAUGAAGCCUUGAACAAGCGCCUUGGAACUGAGGGUCUUGAUCUCCCUGAGAUACUAGUCGAAACUGAAAGGCGUGGAUUAUCUUUUGAUAAACUGCUGACAAUUCCCGAACAGGAUGAUUGGCUUUAUAGCAAUGGUAAAUCUACAUCAUGUGUUGCCUUCAUUCUAGAAAUGUAUAAGCAAGCAGGGCUGUUUGGUCCAAUUUCCAGCUCCAUCCAAGUUACAGAAUUUACGAUAAAAGAUGCUUACACCCUCAAGUUUUUUGAGAAUAACUCAAGCCGCUUGCCCAAAUGGUGUAAUGAAGGUGAUGAUGUGAAGCUUCCUUUCUGUCAAAUUCGGGGGAAAUAUCGGAUGGAGCUACCAGGAUACAAUACCAUGGAUCCCUACCCUCACAUGAAUGAGCGGUGUCCAUCACUUCCCCCGCAGUACUUUAGACCACAAGGGUGCUGAAACCUGUCUCGACAAGGUUCUUGUAUUAUUUGUUCUAACAUCUGUAACAUCAGGUCAAUUAUAAAAUUGAUGAACAGCACAGUACACCAAUGAUCAAAAGCUGUCAAAAUUGAACUCUUUGUACAAUAGAAAAAGGAAGCAAUCCUUGGAGGAAAUUUAAGUAUUUCAUUUUUGUGCAUCUGGAUUUAACUAGUUGUGAUGA